CGUCUUCCAAGGGCAAAUCAGUCAAAUCACGUAGCUCUAUCAUUGAAAUCAGAAAUCCAUUGCCAAACCCUAUCUGUCUCCCCCUCCAAAAUAUCUCAUUUCGUACAUUUCCUAACAUUUUUCUCUGCAGAAAUCGCAAAUUCCAACCGAAACUGUUCUCAAUCGCGUGUUCCUAAUCGAAUUCAGCAGUUUCAAGCAGCAAAAGCAGCAGCAGAAAAAAUGGGCGAGACGAAGGAGACCGAAGCCUACGAGGAGGAGCUUCUCGACUACGAGGAAGAAGAGGAGAAAGCACCCGAUUCUGUCGGUGCCAAGGUCAACGGCGAGUCGGUGAAGAAGGGAUAUGUGGGAAUCCACAGUUCAGGAUUCAGGGACUUCCUCUUGAAGCCGGAGCUUUUACGUGCUAUUGUGGACUCUGGAUUUGAACAUCCAUCAGAAGUUCAACAUGAGUGUAUUCCUCAAGCUAUUCUGGGAAUGGAUGUAAUCUGCCAAGCCAAAUCUGGUAUGGGGAAAACUGCUGUAUUUGUUCUCUCAACAUUACAGCAGAUUGAACCAAUUGCAGGCCAAGUUGCUGCGCUUGUCCUGUGUCAUACGAGGGAAUUAGCUUACCAGAUUUGUCACGAGUUCGAAAGAUUCAGCACAUAUUUACCAGAUAUCAAGGUAGCUGUUUUCUACGGAGGAGUCAACGUCAAAAUACACAAGGAUCUUCUGAAGAAUGAAUGUCCUCACAUUGUUGUGGGAACUCCGGGAAGGAUACUUGCUCUUGCUAGAGACAAGGAACUUUCUCUGAAAAAUGUGAGGCAUUUCAUACUGGAUGAGUGUGACAAGAUGCUCGAGUCUCUUGAUAUGCGGAGGGAUGUGCAGGAGAUCUUCAAGAUGACCCCUCAUGACAAGCAAGUUAUGAUGUUUUCAGCUACUCUCAGCAAGGAGAUUCGACCGGUCUGCAAGAAAUUCAUGCAAGAUCCAAUGGAAAUAUAUGUGGAUGAUGAAGCCAAGUUGACUCUGCAUGGUCUUGUACAGCACUACAUCAAAUUGAGUGAGCUGGAGAAAAAUCGGAAGUUGAAUGAUCUGCUUGAUGCCUUAGAUUUCAAUCAAGUUGUCAUCUUUGUCAAAAGUGUCACCCGGGCUGCAGAGCUAAAUAAGUUGCUUGUGGAGUGUAACUUCCCAUCUAUAUGCAUUCACUCUGGCAUGUCCCAGGAAGAAAGAUUAACUCGGUACAAGGGUUUCAAAGAAGGCCAUAAGAGGAUUUUGGUAGCUACAGAUUUGGUUGGUAGAGGAAUCGACAUAGAGCGAGUUAACAUUGUAAUCAACUAUGAUAUGCCGGAUUCCGCAGACACUUAUCUGCACAGGGUUGGUAGAGCUGGGAGGUUUGGCACAAAAGGGCUUGCCAUAACAUUUGUUUCGUCUGCAUCUGAUUCAGAUGUUCUCAAUCAAGUUCAGGAGAGGUUUGAAGUUGAUAUUAAGGAGCUUCCUGAGCAAAUCGAUACUUCGACAUACAUGCCGUCCUAAGAAGCCCCCCGUUCAAGAAUCCAGAAACCAGAUAUCUGCUAGGGUAGAUAUGAGGCACAUCCGGUUGUUAUCUUCUAGUUUCAAUUCCCCUGAUUAUCUGAGACACAAUUAUUUAGAAUAGUCGACGGUGUGCUCUUCUAUGCUACGCAUUGCUGGACCCGUUGAACUUCCUUGCGGGCCUGUUGCCUUACCGAGAGAAUUCAUAUUUGUUUCGAAUGAUCAAUAUGUACUUAUAAUUUAGUCAGGUAGACUGUUAUCCCGUGUAUUUCACAGCUGUUUUUAGUUGAGAUUUAUGAUAGCUAUCAUAGUAACUAAGAUAUUGGUGAUCA